UCCUCCAAUCCGAGCCGACAGCCGACCAUUGACUUCUCCGUCCACGGCCUCUAAGCGGCCCCCACGUCGACACGACCUUCAACUAGCCUUAUCCGUAAAUAAUAAAAUUAGUAAUUAAUUAAUAAAAUAAAGACGACGUGCUUCUUCUUCCCGGUCGCAUUUCAUCGUUGGAUUUCUUUUUUACCCCUGAAAUCUGCCGUAAUGACCUACAAAAUCUACCACCGGAUCUCAUUCCUAUCACUCUCUCUUGUUCUUUUUUGUCUUCAAUGGAUCCUAUUAUAGAUGUAGAGAAGAAGAGGAGGGGAGAAGCCGUUGGAAGUGAUCGGUUCUUUGAUCUGGUUUUCUCAUGAGAAACAGGGCCCGUUCUUCUAGUGCUUGCACUUCGCCGUCUCACGGGAAAAUGAGGGCAAUGAAGAUAUUUGGGUUCUCUGUAUCUCUUAUUCUCAUCAACAUGGCUUCUAUAAUGGAGCGCGCUGAUGAGAAUCUCCUUCCAGCUGUUUACAAAGAAGUCAGUGAGGCCUUCAAUGCUGGACCUACUGAGCUUGGAUACCUUACAUUCAUACGAAACUUUGUGCAGGCGUUAUCAUCUCCCUUGGCAGGUGUACUUGCACUUCACUAUGACCGUCCUGCAGUUCUUGCAAUGGGCACUGCAUUCUGGGCCUUAUCAACAGCUGCAGUCGGUGCUAGUCAGCAUUUUGGGCAGGUUGCAAUCUGGAGAGCAGUGAAUGGUUUUGGGCUGGCUAUCGUGAUCCCGGCACUGCAAUCUUUCAUUGCUGAUAGUUAUAUGGAUGGUGUGCGUGGUACUGGAUUUGGAUUAUUGAGCCUUGUUGGUUCUAUAGGGGGCAUAGGAGGUGGUGUUUUGGCAACAGUCAUGGCUGGGCAAGAAUUCUGGGGAGUGCCAGGAUGGCGUUUUGCCUUUGCCAUGAUGGCAUCAUUGAGUCUGCUGAUUGGGUUUCUUGUUUACAUGUUUGUUAUUGACCCUAGAAGAACCACUCUGAUGACUCAUGGCACCGAGGAGGACUCUGAAAGGACCUCUCUGGUUGGUAAAGGUAGUGUACCUCCACCUUCUAUCUGGGGUGAUUCCUGGUUAGCAAUGAUAUCUGUAAUGAAAGUGCAAACAUUUCAGAUCAUUGUCUUGCAGGGCAUUGUCGGUUCACUGCCGUGGACGUCCAUGGUUUUCUUCACAUUGUGGUUCGAACUGAUAGGCUUUGACCAUAAUAGCUCAGCUGCCUUGAACAGUCUUUUUGCCAUCGGAUGUGCCAUGGGCUCCCUCAUGGGUGGAUUCAUAGCAGACCGGGUAUCAAAGUUCUACCCAGACACAGGCCGUAUCAUGUGUGCUCAGUUCAGUGCCUUCAUGGGCAUUCCCUUCUCAUGGAUUGUGCUUGCAGUCAUCCCUCAGUCUGUGAACAGUUGGAACGCCUUUGCUGUCGCUCUCUUCCUCAUGGGCCUCUCUAUCAGCUGGUGUGCUACUUGUGCUAAUAACCCAAUGUUUGCUGAGGUUGUCCCUUUGAAGCAUCGUACCAUGAUAUACGCCUUCGAUCGUGCAUUUGAAGGUUCAUUCUCUUCAUUUGCAGCACCUGCUGUCGGAUAUCUUACCGAGAAGAUUUAUGGUUAUGAUUCAAAGUCUCUGAGUUUAGCAAAUGGAUCUGUUCAAGGGGCAUAUGCACUCUCUAGGGGACUAUUAACAAUGACAGUCAUUCCUUUUGGCUUAUGUUGUUUGUUUUACAGCCCACUUUACAUUAUGUUUAAGCGUGACCGUGACAAUGCUAGGAUGGCUAGUUCAAAAGAGCUGGAGCUGACAUGAGAAGGACCUCUCAGCUAAUUAUUACUGCUCUAGGAUCUUCUCGUUAAAUUCAACAUUGAAAGACCAAACGCCUUUUUUCAGGCUGAUCACACUGUAAUAAGAAUGCAAAAAUCAAACACAGAUCAUGUAUAGAUUCUUGUACUCCAAUCAUCAUGUUCUUAUCCACUGCCAUUCUUGAUACAAAGUUGCGCUGCCUCCGGCAUACACAAUGCUCAGUCUUUGAA